AUGGGUUCCAAAGCUAAGACCCCCAAAUCUCCCACCACUCCUCGCAAGCCCGCCAACAAAGGCACAAAGGGCAAUGCAGGAGUCGCGAAGUCUGCCAAGUCCCCCAGCUCCGGCGCCGGCUCUGGUCCUACCGCCGGCGUGAGCAAGGAUGCUAUCUUCAUGUACCGCUAUCACUUGCACGGCGGCUCGAAUUGGUCUACACUCGCCAAGCAGUGCGGCGUCUCUGUUUCCACCGUCCAGAGAUGGUACGCCCGUAUCAAGCAAGCCUAUGAGCUUGAGACUGUGACUCAGAACGAUUCUUCUGAUGUUGAGAUGAUCGUUGAAGAUGUCAAGCCUGACAAGAAGAACAAGCAGAAGGCGAAGACUGCCCAGAUUGUCAUUGAUGAUGACGAGUCGGAUGAGGAUUUCAAGCUCACUGGAUAUGCCGUCAAAGCUGAGGAGGGUGUCAAGCUCGAGGACGUCAAGCCCAAGAAGGAAGCUAUCGAAAACGGUGCCAGGCUCGAGUACAUCAAAGUCGAGGAGGAACUUGUCAAAAAAAACAUCAAGGAUAUCAAGUCUGAGGAGGAUGACAACAAGGAGGUUAUCAACUCCAAGGAGGUUAUCAACUCCAAGGAGGUUAUCAACUUCAAGGAGGUUAUCAACUCCAAGGAGGAUGUUGUCCAGAAUGAUAUUGACCAGGAUGAUGUCGUCCAGGAGGAUAUUGACUAUGAGGAGGCUUGUUAG